AUGGGACGUUCUUUUUAUUCCGACGAAGAGGAUAUUUUGCCCACUCCAGGGCUGAACCAGCCAAUUCCUAAGGAUCUCAGCAGAAAAGAAGAUCCACUCAGAAAUCCACAUAAGCAGGUUGUGGACGGAAAAGUCAUCAGCACCAAUAGCACACUAGAGAAAUACGCCAAACAAGCCCGUGAAUUUGCUGUUCAGAAGCUGGACAUAUUCGAUGCCGAGUACAGGAAUCUUCAUGCUGCAUAUCUGAAUGAAAAGCGCAAUGCCAUCGAGAAGUAUCACCAACUCGUUGCCGAGCCUGUUCUUCCUUCCGGAUUGUACAUUUUGACCGCUAUGCUCACAGGUUCGAUCAUGGUGCGCACCAGGUCUUUGCCUCUUCGGUUUGUGACUCCUGUGGCUUUUGGACUAGUAGCCACAGAGUACCUGAUGCCAAAGACUCUGCAAAAUACUACAGGCUGGUUGAGUUCUCUCUCUAGAGAACAUUUCCCAGAAGUCAACAAGCAAAUAGACGAAGCUGCCAAACAACUUUCUGGUUGCAUGUCUGAUAUAGAGAAGACCCGCUCCAAUUGGAUGCAGUCGCUUACCGAGAGUGUCGGGAAAGUCAGAAAGAAGGUUCUUCAGUGCACUCAGGAUAAACAAUGAUGUAUUAUUUACUCUCGUUUAAAUACACUCAUAAACUCGAAAAUUCCACCCAUGUCGACGUAGCGGCGUCCACACUCUGUCAGGUACUUGUCAACCACCCUCUGGUAUGUUCUGAAUGACUCCCUAUUCUGUUCCACGAGCGCAUCCAGCUCUCCCUGGUUCAUGGGCAAAACUUUGUUUUCCUUGUCUUCAACUCCAAGAUCGGCCGUCAGUGGCUUCAGCAGGCGUUUCUUGGCUUUAUCGACAUCGAACAAGCUCAUUGUGUAUAGUAACUGGUUGUAGAGCUGUUUGUCCGGAUAAGUAUAUCUCAUGAUACCCUUACAGCCAUAGGCCUUGCCGUUUUUGCCGAUACACCGUCUUCCGUAAACAGAAACCUGGCGUGUCUUGACACCACAGUCGUCGCAGACAAGCCAACCAGCGUAGUAGGCGGAAAUCUCGCGGCGCAAAAAGUGUUCCAACUGGGAAGAGAUAGCCAGUGGUGCCAAGACGUGCUGACACGACAGACACUUGACUCCGGAAAAGGUGACCUGGUAUUUCUUGGACGCCUGGAUUCCGCCAAAUUCAAAAGACACGCCACAAGACGUACAUCUCAGAGCCAGCGGCUUGCAAUCACGGAACCUCUCACUAUCUGAAAUUGUUGAGUCCAAUGGUUGCAAUUCAGCGGAAACGCGAUCUUGCACAAAUCUUGCACGAGCCUCGUAUUUGCGAGCAUCCAGCCCAAGAGCGGUUGCCAUUCGCACAACAUCGUUGCCCUCGAUCCGUUCCAGAAGCCUUUCUAUUGGAGCAAAAAUCUGUUUCUCCAGAUAGUAAUAGGGAUCAGGUCUGUACUGAGAAGGGUUGGCUAAAAUUUCACUUAUAGCACGCGCGCGAUCUGCAACAGAGUCUCCGUCGUCGUGUCCUUUGUCUGUAACCACAAAGGUCAUGACGCUUCCGGCACGAACGAGUUUGCCUUGUUUUCUGAGUCUCAGCGCCACUUGAACAGCUGGCAUGGACUUGCCUCCGGGAUAUUGCUCCGGAUCUUUGGACAAUCUCGUAUUUAUGGUGAGCUUGUGCAUCGGAAUCUGGUUGUCUAUCAGCUUGUUCCUGACAUCUUCCAGGUGAGCGUAGAUCUCAUUUAAGGCAUCCUCGGGGUCUGCGUCGCCCAGGAUUUUCUCCAAAACAAAUGUGGAGGUCUCUUUUGAAAGCGGGCAAAAUUCACGACGUCUCAUAUCCAGCCCUUUGACCUCCAAGACUGUCUUUUCGAGACCUGAACCAUCCAUGCUAGCGUUCAUUGCUGCGUAUUUCUUUUUCGAGUGCAACAGGAGCCGUUUGAACACAUUAUCAAUAUCGAUCUCGAGCAAUCUGUACCGCUCGUUGACCUUCAUUUUGAAAUCGUCACCGAUCUUUAUAGCUUCCUGGAAGUUAUCUGAACCAGUGUCGAUCAUGACAGAGUCGGUGUCUCCGUAGACAACGCGCAAUCCAAUGCUUUCUGCUAGCUGACGCGUAUCCAUCAGAAUCUCUCUUCCUCUGUUAGUGACAAGCAUCGCGAGCGGCUUGGCAUAGAAACGAGAGUUGACGUAACCCAGACAACCAUACAUUGAGUUUGCAGUCAGCUUUAAUGCCUGUUGCUUGAUGUCAUAUUGAGCCUUCUCCACAGCUGUUGCUCGAGGAUCUUUCAGCAAUUUUUUGACCUCCCGACGCCUGUUGACCAGCUGCAGAAGCAGGCGUGGGAGAACUCCUUGCGCAACGUCUGAUGGAGGAACAUUAGGAAGAUCGUUGUCUCCCAAAUUUGAUCGGUUGACAGUGGUGAAACAGAUGUUGAACUCCUGGAUAAUCGAUGGAUAAAGAGAGUUGAAAUCCAUGACCAAUAUAUAGUUCUUGUGAAGACCUUUUUCGGGCUCGAAAACUAAACCACCUUGAUAUUUCGUCUUCUUGUUAGACGUCGCAGCGCUCUCAUCUCCGUCCUGUUCCAGAGCAGCCGCUGCUGCAGCCGCCUGUCUUUGCGAUCGGGUUUCUUUGUCUGGAACAAUGUAUCCAUUUUUAGUGAACUCGUGCAGCAGGAUAUACUCAUUUCUUCCUGCUCUCGUUCCUCCAAGAGUGUGUGCCCAU